AUGGAUCAUUUGAACGAGGCAACUCAGGGGAAAGAGCAUUCAGAAAUGUCUAACAAUGUGAGUGAUCCGAAGGGUCCACCAGCCAAGAUUGCCCGCCUGGAGCAGAACGGAAGCCCACUAGGAAGAGGAAGGCUUGGGAGCACAGGUGCAAAGAUGCAGGGAGUGCCUUUAAAACACUCGGGCCAUCUGAUGAAAGCCAACCUUAGGAAAGGAACCAUGCUACCAGUUUUCUGCGUGGUGGAACAUUAUGAAAACGCCAUUGAGUAUGAUUGCAAGGAGGAGCAUGCGGAAUUUGUGUUGGUGAGAAAGGAUAUGCUUUUCAACCAGCUGAUAGAGAUGGCAUUGCUUUCUCUAGGCUAUUCACACAGCUCUGCUGCCCAGGCCAAAGGGCUCAUCCAGGUUGGGAAGUGGAAUCCAGUUCCACUGUCGUAUGUGACAGAUGCCCCUGAUGCUACAGUAGCAGAUAUGCUUCAAGAUGUGUAUCAUGUGGUCACACUCAAAAUCCAGUUGCACAGUUGCCCCAAACUAGAAGACUUGCCUCCCGAACAAUGGUCGCACACCACAGUAAGGAAUGCUCUGAAGGACUUACUGAAAGAUAUGAAUCAGAGUUCGUUGGCCAAGGAGUGCCCCCUUUCUCAGAGUAUGAUCUCCUCCAUUGUGAACAGCACGUACUAUGCAAAUGUCUCAGCAGCAAAAUGUCAAGAAUUUGGAAGGUGGUACAAACAUUUCAAGAAGACAAAGGAUAUGAUGGUUGAAAUGGAUAGUCUGUCUGAACUAUCUCAACAAGGCACCAACCACGUCAAUUUUGGCCAGCAGCCGGUCCCAGGGAACACAGCUGAGCAGCCUCCAUCUCCCGCACAGCUCUCCCAUGGCAGCCAGCCCUCUGUCCGGACCCCUCUUCCAAACCUGCACCCUGGGCUGGUGUCAACACCUAUCGGUCCUCAGCUAGUCAACCAGCAGCUGGUGAUGGCCCAGUUGUUGAACCAGCAGUAUGCGGUGAACAGACUCUUAGCCCAGCAGUCCUUAAACCAACAGUACUUGAACCACCCUCCCCCUGUCAGUAGGUCUAUGAAUAAGCCUUUGGAGCAGCAGGUUUCCACGAACACGGAGGUCUCUUCAGAAAUCUACCAGUGGGUGCGGGAUGAACUGAAGCGAGCGGGAAUCUCCCAGGCAGUGUUUGCACGAGUGGCAUUUAACAGAACUCAGGGAUUGCUUUCUGAAAUCCUCCGAAAAGAAGAGGACCCCAAGACUGCAUCCCAGUCUCUGCUGGUAAACCUUCGGGCUAUGCAGAAUUUCUUACAGUUGCCAGAAGCCGAAAGAGACCGGAUAUACCAGGAUGAGAGGGAAAGGAGCUUGAACGCUGCCUCUGCCAUGGGUCCUGCUCCGCUGCUAAGCACCCCGCCCAGUCGUCCUCCCCAGGUGAAAACAGCUACUCUUGCCACUGAGAGGAAUGGGAAACCAGAGAACAAUACUAUGAACAUUAAUGCCUCCAUUUAUGACGAGAUUCAGCAGGAAAUGAAGCGUGCUAAAGUGUCCCAAGCACUAUUUGCAAAGGUUGCCGCCACAAAAAGCCAGGGAUGGCUGUGUGAGCUGUUGCGCUGGAAGGAAGAUCCUUCUCCAGAAAACAGGACCCUGUGGGAGAACCUGUCUAUGAUCCGCAGGUUCCUCAGUCUUCCUCAGCCUGAACGAGAUGCCAUCUAUGAGCAGGAGAGCAAUGCUGUGCAUCACCAUGGCGACAGGCCGCCCCACAUCAUCCAUGUUCCAGCAGAACAGAUUCAGAGCCCCUCUCCCAGCACCCUUGGCAAAGGAGAGUCUAGAGGCGCUUUCUUACCAGGCCUGCUGACCCCCGCACCAUGGCCCAAUGCUGCUCCUCAGCAGCAGCAGCAGCAACAGCAACAGCAGCAGCAGCAGCAGCCGCCACCUCCUCCUCCACAGCCGCAGCCUCAGCCCCAGGCAGGCCCCAGACUGCCCCCGCGGCAGCCCACAGUGGCCUCAUCUGCAGAGUCCGACGAGGAGAACCGGCAGAAGACCAGGCCACGAACCAAAAUUUCUGUGGAAGCCCUGGGGAUCCUUCAGAGCUUCAUCCAAGAUGUGGGCCUGUACCCGGAUGAAGAGGCCAUCCAGACUCUGUCGGCACAGCUGGACCUCCCGAAGUACACCAUCAUCAAGUUCUUUCAGAACCAGCGAUACUAUCUCAAACACCAUGGAAAACUGAAGGACAACUCCGGCCUGGAGGUGGAUGUGGCAGAAUACAAAGAGGAGGAGUUGCUGAAGGAUUUGGAAGAGAGUGUCCAGGAUAAAAAUGCCAACACCCUCUUUUCAGUGAAACUGGAGGAAGAGCUGUCGGUGGAGGGGAGCACAGACAUUAAUGCCGACUUGAAAGACUGAGGCAGCUUUACUUUCAGCCGUCCACUGGUACAUACUAACAAAAUGAAAGUCCACCUUGUGUUUAUUGUUUGGCCAAUGAAUCUUCAGAAACUUGCACAAACAGGAA